UUAUAAAAAACAUUAGUUUCUAAAGUUAGCAUCUUCUAUGUUGCUCUAGUCUCUAGACUGGUUCAAGUAGAGCACACCAUUUCUAGAGAGAGAGAGAGAAGGAAUCCGCGCUAUGGGAAAAUCAACGCCGGCAUGUUUCAGGAUCAUCGGCUGCGGGGGUGAUUCUGUCGAGCAUGACGAUCUCCAAACUCCCGAAAGCAAGGCCUCUAGUGAUCGCCGUGGAUGGAGUUUUCGGAAGAGAUCUGCUAGACAUCGCGUACUGAGUAACAGUGUUACUUCAGAAUCACCUGCAUCCGCCAGCAAGGAAAGUCUAGAAUCUAUUCCUGUCAACUGCCAAGUGCAGCCUGAUCCGACUAUUACAGAGAAGACCACGGAAGUUCAGCAGAAAGAAGAAAAAGCCACAGUGAUUCAGCAGAAAGAAGAGAAGACUAAGGAAAUUCAGCAGAAAGAAGAGAAGUCCACAGAAAUUUUGCAGAAAGAAGAGAAGACCAUAGAAAUUCCACAGAAAGAAGAGCAGGUAGAAAUUCAGCAGAAAGAAGAAAAGUUUGAGUCGUCUUCUCUUCUGGGCUCAAAGUUGCAGGACACUCAACCGUCCAAAGAGGAUGACUUGGGAGCAGAUGCACCUCCUGAUGAGCAGAGUAUUAUUUUAAUCCAGACUGCUGCUAGAGGGCUGCUGGCUCGCCGAGUUCUGCUGAAGCAAAAAAGUGCAACAAAGUUGCAAGCUGUUUUCAGAGGACACAUAGUUCGAAACCAUGCAGUGGGAACUCUCCGGUGUGUACAAGCCAUCAUUAAAAUGCAAGCUCUUGUUCGAGCACGCCAAAGCCGGCUACAGAAUAAGAAAGAAGCCAAAGCAAACCAGCCACACACUUAUGUUUCCAUUGAGAAGCUACUUAGCAAUGCCUUUGCUCGUCAGCUCAUGGAAGCUUCACCAAGGACUAAGCCUAUGAACAUCAAGUGUGACCCCUCAAAAUCUGACUCAGCUUGGACGUGGUUGGGGAGAUGGAUGGCUGUUUCAUCGGUGAGCAAUGAAGGGCCACAGGAGACUGAAGUAGCAGUGGAGAAGCAUAAGGAUAAUCUUGGACUUUCUGGUUACAAUGAAGAGGACCACCCUUCAGUUCAAACAAUUUCCAAGUCAAUAGAUUCUGAAUCUGGUUUUGAUGCAUCAGAUGAUGUUUUCAAUGAUAACAAUAUGACAAAAUAUGAUGCAAUUGCCUCAGAUGUCCAUCUGCAUGAUACUGAUCAAUCAGUUACAAAAUGUGAGGUAAAAGAAUCUUCUCCCACUGAGAUAAAAAGUACAGAUUUGGUCGAUGUAAUGGAAGAAGAAUAUCUUCCUAAAAAAGAAGAAUCACAAAAUGCAGAAGUACUAAAUGAGGUGGUGGAAGUGGAAUGUUUUCUCAAAAAAGAGGAAAAAGGAAAUGUUCAGGAAGCACCUGAUUCGGAAAAGUUUUCCAGUGUGGAAAUUGAAACAGAGGUGAAACAUAUUUCAAGAAAGGCAAGUAAUCAUGCUUUCAUUGCUGCACAGUCAAAAUUUGAAGAACUGAGCUUGGCUUCUCGAUCUGCUCACGAUCCUGGAGUUGAAUCUAGUUUGGACAAGGUUUCUUCUGCUAAUCAAGAUCAAUCAUUCAGGUCCGAGGACAAAGACAGUGGAUUAGUUGACUACCUCACUUCCAAUGCUUAUGCAGUUCAACUAGGUAGCUCUGUGUGUGGGACUCAACUUUCCACGUAUUCAACUCUAGAUUCACCAGAUAGGUCAGAAGAGGCUAGAGUCAGGGACAGUGAAAUGAAAACAAACGUUUCAGAUGAGACUGAUGCCCCUAGAAAUGGAGAGAAUUUAAAACUUGAGGCAAAAUCUGUUGUGCUGGAAACUGAUCCUUUAACCAAUACUACUAAGUUGGAGAGAAAUGGAAGUGUUGACUCAGUUUCUGAAGACUCUCUUAAUUCUUGCGUGCCAGCAGAUACACCACAGCUGGAAAAGGCAGCAGAUCUGAAACAAUCUGAAACAAACCACCGGGUAAACAAAUUAUCACCUGAAGCUUCACCCAGAAACAUUGAAGCUACCACUGAACUUCUAGCAACUCCUUCCAGCCAAGGGUCUGUUAAACGGAAGAAAAGUAAAGGUGAAAAAAGUCAGUCCAAUCGCAAGAGUAAGCCUUUAUCAGAUGAUAAAAAUCCCUCAAAUCAUACUCCAGACUCUGCUUGUAGAAGUAGCUUGGAUCAGUUGCAUGAACAUAAAUCGGGGAAGAGGCGAAGCUCCAUCGGCUCAGCAAAACUUGAUCAUAAGGAGCAGGAACCAAAAGAUAGUGGCAGCAGCAAUUCUCUACCAAGCUACAUGCAAGCGACUGAAUCUGCAAGAGCCAAGACUAUAGCUAAUGGCUCUCCAAGAUCAAGUCCUGAUGUCCAUGACAAGGAGAACUACAUAAAAAAGAGACAUUCACUACCUGGUACAAAUGAAAGGCAAGGAUCUCCUCGAGUUCAUCGCUCACUAUCUCAGGCACAACAGAACACAAAGGGAAAUGCAAGCAAUUCUCCUCAAGAUCGGAAGUGGCGACGGUGAAUAGAUAUUUUGGAUUAUGAGGAUACACCUGACCCGUCAAUGAGUAUCUUUAACUUGGAUGGAUUGCUCUGAAAGAUCUGUUGCUUUUACAUUGUGAAGAAUAUAUAGGUAUUGGGUAUUAUUCCAAAUGGAGAGAUGUAGAGACACUGAGGUUUUGCAUUGACAUUUCCAGAAUGCUGUUUCUCUUUCCUUGGUUUGCCUUUGUCUGAUAUUCCUUUUUCCCAUUUUUCUCUGUUUUUUUUUCUUACCAAAAAGUGUUUGGUUUAUAUAUUAACUUGUAUUGGAUUUGGGCGAAUGCUAUUUUCAUCUUUGGCUUGAAUUUCAUCAAUAUAUUUUUCAUCCAAGAAAUGUUUUACCAAUUAAA